AUGACCUUACAGGCAUUUCACAAACGGUUUGCACGGCGAGCCCAAGCCUUGUCAACGGGGCAACGAUGCUGCUACGGCGUUGUCGCGCGUGCUAUUCUUCCAGAUCCAGAUCUACCCGCUGAGCCAAGAACAUUCGCGUAUGAGGACUUUUAUCAGUCCAUAAUAGAGAAAAAGAAGGAGGAUAAGUCAUACCGCUAUUUUCGCAGCAUUUCACGUCUGCAUAACGAAUUUCCCUUUGCACAAUGCGCCACAACCGGGAAAAAAGUCAACGUCUGGUGUUCCAAUGACUAUUUGGCAAUGGGUAGCAAUUCCGCUGUAUUAGCAGCUAUGCAAAACGCGUUGAACACAUAUGGGGCGAAUGCCGGGGGAUCACGAAACAUCGCUGGACAUAGUCCUCUGAUGGAAGCCUUGGAAGCGAGCCUUGCAGAACUGCAUAAAAAGCCGGCAGCCCUCUAUUUUAGCUCCGGAUUUACUGCCAACGAGACAGCGCUCUCGACCUUAGGUUCCCAAAUACCUGGCUGUGUCAUCUUCUCAGACGAGUUAAAUCAUGCAUCUAUGAUCGAGGGUAUCCGGCAUUCCAAGGCCAAGCGUCAUAUCUGGAAGCAUAAUAACUUGAGCAGCUUAGAGAGCUUGCUAGCACAGUAUCCCAGAGAAGUGCCCAAGAUUAUCGUGUUUGAAUCGGUAUAUUCCAUGUGUGGCACGAUUGCUCCUAUUGCUGAGAUCUGUGACCUUGCUGAAAGGUACGGGGCAAUGACAUUUAUGGAUGAGGCGCAUGCGAUUGGUCUCUAUGGCCCUCGCGGAGCUGGCGUCGGGGAACACUUGGAUUUUGUCGCCCACCAGUCCAAUCUAUGUGACGGGAGAACCACGGUCGACCGCAUAAACGUUAUCAGUGGAGGUACCAGUAAAGGCCUCGGCACAAUGGGCGGUUAUAUUGCGGGCUCCAAAUAUCUAAUAGAUAUGGUCCGCUCUGUUUCCAGGGCGUUCAUCUUCUCGACGUCUCAGUCGCCGGCCGUCGUAGCAGGCGCGCACGCCGCCAUCCAAUACCAGCUGCAUAACAUUGAAGGGAGGAUUGCACUGCAGCGAAACGUCGCCGCUGUGAAACAGAAGAUGGCGCAGUUUGAUCUCCCCGUACUACCGAACCGAUCACACCUGGUACCUGUCAUGGUUGGCGAUGCUGAGCUCACUCGCCGUGUCGCCGAUAUCUUGUUCGAAGAAUAUGACAUCUACGUUCAGCCCAUCAAUAGCCCAUCGGUUGCGGUUGGGAUGGAGCGACUUCGCGUAAAUCCCACAGCCAGUCACAGCCCAGCCCAGCAAGAUGCUUUUGUCAGGGCGUUGGUAGAAAUAUGGGAGCGCCUGAACUUGCGCAAAGCAUCAGACUGGCAACGAGCAGGCGCGUGGAGAGAGAAUGCUUCAGUAGUAAAGCAGCUUUGGACGGACGAGCAGCUUAGCCUGGCCGUCGGGGCCGCUCAUAAGCCACACAUUCCUCCCCUAGUUUCAGUACAACUUCCGGAUACCUUGUUAUUCUAG